GAUUGGCGGUGUGCCCCCGCCCCCUCGGAAGAUGCAGACGAAACGAGGCAAGGCGCCUGCACCCGCCGCAACCACUGCGGGGGAUGAGCACGAGGAACUGACGCUGCAGCGGCUGCCCGACGUUCGGGUCCCCGACUGCUUCAGUACUCUGCCCGACGUGCCCCUGCUCAAGGCGCUGUCCCACCUGGCCGCCGACGACCUGGUGGCCGCGGGGACCGCGAGCGCCCGGCUGGGCGCGCUGACCGGGGCGCACCGGUCGCUGUGGCGGGGCAAGGGCGACGUCGAGGUGGAGAGCGCGGAGGGGCUGCGCGUCCUGGUGCAGGUCGCGCCGCCCGUCGACUGGCUGCAGCUGAGGGUGCUCUCCUACGAGCAGUUCUACGCCACGUUCACGGAGAGCUUCGGCAGUGACGCGGUGACCAGGCUGACGGUGGAGGGCCCCGGCGUGGAGCUCGCCGCCAGCCUCGUCCGGGACCUGGCGCCGACCCUGAGGCGGCUCGAGGUGUCGCGGCUCGACGUGGACAUGCUCCUGGACGCGCUGCGGGCGGCGCGACGCCUGCACACCCUGGCCGUCACGGUGGCGUCCGGCCGGGGCGCGGUGACCGCCAACCGGCCGCAGGAGGAUGUGAAGCUGCCCAGGCUGCGUUCCCUGGAAUUGCACUGCGAUUCCGACCUGGCGCCGAGCACGGUCACGCUCGCGACCCUGCAAUCGCUGGUGCAAGGACACUCGGCCCAGCUGCGCUCCGUGUCGCUGUGCUCGCCGCGGCUGCUGCCGCUGCUGGACGCGUGCCCCCGCGACCUCCGCCGGCUGACCGUGGCGCUGGGCCCGGGCCUGGCCGCGCUCCUGCGCGCCAGGAUGCAGGGCCUGCGCGAGCUCGCCGUCGACAUGCUCGGGGGCCCCGGCGGUGGCGGUGCCGGGCACUGGGACGCUGCUCGGCGCGAGGUACGUACCAUGGCGCCUUACGGGCAGAGCGAGUUAGCAAACUCGCCCGCAUAA